AUGCAGUCGCGACUAGGCUUUCGCAUGGAGAAUGCAGAUCCCUGCCCCCAGGUGGUUGUAGAUUUCAUCGCGAGGCUACCACUUGAACUUGCUGUCGACGUCUUGAAAUGGGCGCCCUUCGAUGCCGUCGUUCGCGCUCGACGGGUCUCCAAACUGUGGAAUUCCAUCAUCAGCUCGGACACAACGCUAUGGAAGGAGUUGUUAAGCCGGUACAAUCUCUGGCUCGGCGGUGACUCUGAGACCUUGUUCGUUGAUGCCGUAAAGCGUCGUCGUCUGCGACAGAAGACGAUGACCACUCCACACGGUCUUACGCUGGAAGAGCCAUACAGCGCACUGUUCAAGACCCGUUUUAUGACUCGGGGGCUGUGGAACAACAACAAACCCCCGUUUCACAUCGCGUUCCCCGUUCAUGGACGUUCGGCGGUCACCUGUCUCCUCCUAGACGAAGGCCGCAUAAUAUCUGCGUCCGAAACGUCCGUCAUACAAGUGCACUCCGUUAUCAAUGGUGCCCACAUUCACUCCCUGCGUGGUCAUGAUAACGGAGUCUGGGCGUUAGCUUCGGCCAAUAACACUCUCGUCAGCGGCUCCAUCGACCGCACCGUCCGUAUCUGGAACCUGAUAACCGGUCGGUGCACGCACGUAUUCGGUGGUCAUACCGCAACAAUUCGCUGCAUUGUCUUUGCUAUGCCGGAACAGCCAGCAAUCACCGAAAGAAUUGAGGCCCUACGCAGCAAAGAUGUCUCUGAGCGCCCGCUUAUCAUCACCGGCAGCCGCGACGGCUCCCUAAGAGUGUGGGCACUCCCACCAUCGGCCGAUAUUCGACAAAAGGGUCAUCUGCAUACCACCGCAGAUACGCUCCAUCAUUAUGUAAUGGGGUACAUAUUUCUGCAUCGUCCGGAAGCGCUGAGUGACUUUUGA